AUGAACUUUCGUCAAACCCACGAUGCUGCCGGUAUCCAUGAUGCCCCCAAAUUUCUGUCAUCUCAUGCAGCGGACAGAUCCAAAAGCGGUGUGCAGACCCUAGGACAAGGAUUUGGUUUUCGCGCAUCCAGAGUUCUCGAUACCAAUGCGAGCGAGUACGUCGAAGAUAUUCGGCUCGAUGUCAAGCAAGGUAUCAGAUGAAAAGAAUCAACAAGAAUCCUGACAAGCAUUGUGAUGGUAAUACAGAGCCAACACAGAACAUGAUGUAGCAUCACAGCCUUGUGACGAAUUGCAAUGCAUAUAUGAUUCAAUGCAGCUAGUGACAAUGUCAAGCUGACUUGUUGAUGGGACUCGGAGGGCUUGGAAUGGUUCACCAGCCAUCCCAAGGCUGAAUAAAUUUGAACGCCAUGCCGCAAGCGAGGGCGACGAUGGGCUAGCGGGACCAGAUAGGCGAUGGUUCCGCAAGCCGCGACUGGUUUCUUGCAUAUUCCAGUUUGAGAAAGGCCUUGCGACCAAUGAUGAUUGGCAUCCAAUAUUGAAAUUGAGUAAUGUCCCGAUGCGGCCUUGUUUCAAGAUGUCGUAUUCCUGGGUGAAGAACGAUAGAAUUGUUUGGAAACCAAGCUUCGUUUUUGGUUAUGUUCUACCGACGGCCUCACACGCCGCACGCAGAGGCUCUGAAAGUCAAAUUGAUCCUUGA